UUAUGCCCUCUAGUGUAUUGUAUUGACACUGACGUCUUCACGUACAUAUACAAUCUCUUCUGCAACAUUGUUUACUUCAUGUUAUUGCUGUUAUUGUUUUUUUAACAAGAAAAAGAUUACAAGGAUUCUGUUAAAACUAUUAUUGUAUUUUACUAUAAUUCUUAACGAAUCGUAGUGUUUUCAGUGUUUAGAGGUUAGAAUUUGUCAGUGACAAUUCAAAUUUUGAAGGUUUCGAAGGGUUAUCGUUCAACAAAUUUAUUAAUAUUAUUGUAAAAGAAGUUAAGUUGAAAUGGCGGAAGAUUACGGAAGAGAAACACCACCGAUGUAUACAGCAAAUGAAGAGACAAAAACAGCUGGCCAGCCUCUUUCGGAUUUUUUAUUACAGCUUGAAGAUUAUACACCCACGGUACCCGAUGCAAUCAGUGAACACUACCUACACACAGCUGGUUUCAACACAACAGAUCCCAGAAUAGUACGUUUGGUGUCUCUAGCGGCACAGAAAUUCAUAUCUGAAAUAGCAAAUGAUGCUCUGCAGCAUUGCAAGACUCGUGGAGCGAACCAGAACACAAAAACAAAGGGGAAGGAUCGACGUUACACAUUGACCAUGGAAGAUCUCACGCCUGCAGUAGCUGAAUACGGCAUCAUUGUCAAAAAACCACAUUAUUUUGUUUAGUUUUAAAGUUUCAUGUCUCCUUUAAUUUUAUUUGCUGCUUUGGUAUCUCUUUACCCAUAUACAAAGUAGACUCUGGAAGCAUCAUUGUAAGUUUGCGUAUUAAUAUAAAAAACAUAUUUACAAAAGUGUAAAGUUGAUGUAGCUUAAAGUAUGUAUAUGAUAGAUCCCAUAAGAUUACAAAGACUCAUAUACAUUACGUUCCACUCUAGAAACCCUUCUAUAAUUUUCAAAUAUGUGACGCGCAUGUUUUAGCAAUCAUUUUAUAGCGAAUUCUGUGUAUCAUAAUUGAAAGUUUCAUUUAUUCAUAAAAAUAAAAAUAAAAUUUCCCUGAUUUU